UCAGCCUCCUUGACUUCAUCGGAGGGAGGGGAGACCUCACCGGAAGGAAAUGGAGGAGGAGACAAAUCUGGGCGGCGCCGGCGGAGUGGAGGUGAAGGAGGAGGAGGGGGUCGAGUCGUUCGAGCCGACAGAGGACGAGCUGGUGCUGCACUUCCUGCGGCCGCAGCUGCGCGGGUUCGCGCCGCGCGUGGCGGGCGCGGUGGUGGAGGCGGACCCGUGCGCGGCGCCGCCGUGGGACCUUCUGGAGCGGCACGGGCUGCUGCGGCGCGGUCACGGCUACUUCUUCCAUGCGCGGCGGCGCGGGAAGGGGGGCCCGGUGCAGGUGCGGCGCACCCCGUUGGGCGGCGGCGGCACGUGGAUGCACAGCGGCAACAGGGAGGACCGGCGGUCCGUGACGGAGCUGGGCGUGGUGGCGCGGUGGUCCAUGACGCGCUACUGCUUCUACGCCCGGGACAGUGCGCAGGGGCGGCGGAGCACCGGGUGGGUCAUGUCCGAGUACGAGAUCACGGACCCGCGGUGCUACCGCCGCGCCGACGACGGCGAGGAGGAGGAGUACUGGGUGCUCUGCCACGUCCGCCGCAGCACCAGGAAGAACGUCAAGCCGCGCUCGCGGAGGCGGUAGGCUGCCGCGCCUCGGCUCGGUCGCCGGCAGGCGCAAGGCGGAGACCGGAGAGGAUCCCCGAAGAAUCUCGUUGUGCGUUUCUUGUGUUCGUCGCCCGGGCUGUGUGAUCUGUCGGUCGGUCGGUCCGCGCGCGUGCGCCACGUGC